AUGUCGAAUCAGGCUCUACAAGAACUAAAUGUGAAAGGAAGUGUGAUGAAGCCUGAUGCACCUUAUGUUGCAAUCAAUGCUACAAGAGCCUUUGACAAGAGUGACAAGAAAUCAAUAGAGCAAAAAGUGCGCUCAACCCUUGGCCGUUUAGUGCGUCACUACAGGACGGUCCGGGAGCUUAGUGCAGGUGCGAAUUUCGGAUGCAACGGCUUGUACACAGUGAAAGAGCAAGGGGAUGUUCUGACCGUUCUGUGCUUCUUCCAGAAUUAG